GCCAAUGGGAAGGAGUAACAUGCGGUCGACGACACCAAAGAGUCACAACCUUGGAUCUAUCGGAUAAGGGUUUGGUUGGUUCUUUAUCUCCUUAUCUAGGCAACUUGAGCUUCCUCAGGUACAUGCUCUUUAGUAACAACCAACUUCAUGGAAAUAUCCCUCCUGAAAUAGGUCAUUUAUCUCGAUUGCGAGGGCUAUCCCUUACCAAUAAUUCAUUCACAGGAGAAAUCCCGGUCAACAUAUCAAGUUGCUCAAAACUAUGGUUUCUUGACUUAUCUACCAAUACGCUAUCCGGGAAAAUUCCAAAUAUUUUUAGUUCUACGUUGAUGAUCAAAGUGUUAUUCAUGUCCAACAAUAACUUGACAGGUGGGRUUCCACCAUCCAUCGGCAAUCUCACUUCCCUCGAACAACUCGAUCUUAGUGUUUGUCCGUUGGGAGGAAGCAUUCCAGUUUUCUUCAAUGGUCUGAACAACUUGCAACUAUUAGGCCUUGGAGGAAGUGGCCUUGUUGGAUCCUUUCCAUUGUUCCUAUUUAACCUUUCCAAGUUAGAACAUCUAUACUUUCCCAAUAAUCAACUUCUUGGCCGUUUACCCUCGAACUUGUGUUCAAGUCAGCCACAUCUCCAGACACUAGAAUUUGAGUUCAAUCACUUCGGUGGAAUCCUUCCACCCUGGAUAUCAAAUUGUUCAGAGUUGGAAACGUUGGAUGUUUCUAAUAACGAUUUCGAGGGGGAAAUAGAUAUUGAUUUUGGAAAACUCCGAUAUCUUAGUUGGUUAUCGAUUGGUCUAAAUAGUUUUGAAACCGGGCGUCUAGGUGGCAUGAAGUAUUUUGAUUCUUUGUCCAAUUGCAGCAAUUUGGAAUUAAUGCAAAUUGGGGCAGUCAAAUUAAGAAGGGAGCUACCGAAUUCUUUUGGGAACUUAACCAAGCUGAAUACUCUAAGACUUCAAUCAAGCUAUAUCUCAGGCARCCUCCCUUCAUCCAUAGGCAAUUUSGUUAGCCUAACUGGACUUUAUCUAGUGGGUAAUAACUUCACAGGUAUGAUUCCUGAAAGCAUUGGCAAGCUUGGAAGCUUGGAAGAACUGCAACUAGAAACUAACAGUUUCUCUGGAAUCAUUCCUCCGUCUAUUGGAAACCUGUCAUCUUUAAUCAAAGUGUAUUUAGGUAGAAACAAAUUGGAAGGCACUAUACCCUCGACUAUUGGGAACUGCAAAAAGUUGCUAUUUGUAUCAAUUUACGAAAAUAGCCUUGAAGGGAGUGUACCCAAAGAACUAUUCCAACUCUCUUCACUUUCAAUCAUACUAGAUCUGGGUUCAAACAAUUUGUYUGGAGUGCUUCCACAAGAGAUAGGCAACCUGAAAAACUUAGGGUCACUUGAUUUGUCUGAUAAUUAUUUAUUGGGUGAACUUCCAAGUGCARUUAGCAGUUGCAUCAGCCUUGAAAUCUUAGAAAUUUCAGGCAAUUUAUUUCAUKGAUCAAUGCCAGUAUCAUUGAGUUCUUUGAGAGGCCUCCAAUAUGUUGAUGUGUCAGGAAAUAACUUUUCUGGACAUAUUCCAACAUAUUUGCAAGAAAUUCCUUUGAAGCAGCUUGAUCUUUCAGGUAAUAAUUUUGAAGGAGAAGUGUCUGUUAAAGGUGUCUUUGCCAACACAAGUGCWAUUUCAGUCAUUGGGAACCCUAGACUUUGUGGGGGAAUACCUGAGCUUCACCUACCAAUAUGCAGAACUAAUGACUCCAAAAGAAGUAGAAAGCUCUCUCUUCGUGUUGUUCUGGCGAUUUCACUAUCAUCCACUGUUGCAGAUUUCAUAUGCAAGGCUUUUCAAAGCGACCGAAGAGUUCUCUGCAGCAAAUCUGAUCGGUACAGGAGGUUUUGCUUCGGUUUAUAAAGGAGUUCUUGAUGAAAAUGGUUUGACAGUGGCUAUCAAAGUACUAAACCUCCAAAGCCGAGGAGGUUCCAGGAGUUUCAUGGCUGAAUGCGAAGCCUUGAGAAAUAUUCGUCAUCGCAAUCUGGUGAAGGUUAUCACUUCUUGCUCGAGUCUCGAUUUCCAAGGAAAUGAUUUCAAGGCCUUAGUGUACGAUUUCAUGCCAAAUGGGAGUCUUGAGACUUGGUUGCACACAAGCACGACACUAGACCAUUUGCCUCAUGAUCAGUUGCAUCAACUUGAUCUUGWUCAAAGAAUAAGCAUUGCCAAAGAUGUGGCUUGUGCUCUUGAUUAUCUACAUUAUCAUUGUGGAAAUGUUGUCGUUCAUCGUGAUUUGAAGCCAAGCAACAUUUUAUUGGAUGCUGACAUGGUUGCUCAUGUUGGAGAUUUCGGGCUCGCAAAAAUCCUUUACCUUGACGAACUUUCUGAUGCAAACAAUGGUAGCUCAAGUCAUGUCAGAGGAACCAUUGGAUAUGCACCUCCAGAAUACGGACUCGGAAAUGAAGUCUCGACCAGUGGAGACAUAUAUAGCUACGGGAUACUAUUGUUAGAGAUGUUGACAGGGAAAAAACCCAUUGAUCCAAUGUUCGUUGAAGGCCUUAGCCUGCAUUCCUAUGCUACAAGUGCCUUGGCUGGUGGUUUUGUGCUUCAGAUUGUGGAUCCAAUUCUUCUACGUGAUGAAGUCAAAGAAAGGUGUUUGAUUUCAUUAGUGGAAAUUGGAGUGAGAUGCUCUUCUGAGUCUCCAAAAGAUCGAAUGGAUAUUGGUACCGUUAUCCAUGAGCUCUUCUCAAACCUCCACCCAUAAAKRUAAAGCUAUAAAUGUGUCUGAAUCUAAAUAAAUGUUUGUUUCUUAUCUCUAAGAUGAUAUGUGGUAGACUGAUGGUAGCAUGUAUUGAAUAAACAAAAAAUAGUAAUC